AGAAGGUAAACUAAAACUGCUCUGUGUGAAUUAACAAUUAACUAAUUAUUCCGUAGAGUAUCUUGUCAUCAAGACGAUAGUCCGGCAUUCUAUUAAUUCUCUUACGAACUGUGCUCACAGUUGACAUCGGAAUUCCAAGGUAUAUUAAGAAAUACUCAGGUUUUUCUUACCAGAACGGAAAACGAAAGAGACGAGUAAAUAUGAUGGACUAUUCUUACCUGAAUCAAGGCGGGUUCGAUCCCACGAACUGUGGUAUCCCCGGAAUGGACGGGAUGGCCCCGAACUGUAGCCUCCCGUGUACGUACAGCGACAUGGGCCCAGCCUGCGGAGUAGGAGUCGGUGGGCAGAUGGCGCAGACUUACCGCUACAACAGCGCCGUACGUAGCUUCGCCGGUGGGCCCGGGUUGAGUUCGGCGGCAGCGUCGUGUAGUAUGAUGCCCCGGCCCAGAGAGCACCCACAACCGUCUUGUUUCUCAUCUGGACUCCCUUACAAGAUGUAUCAACACGCACAUGACAGCAACGUCAGUCCUGAGAAGCGUAAACAAAGGAGAAUUCGGACUACUUUUACAAGCGCGCAGUUAAAGGAGUUAGAAAGAGCAUUCGCAGAAACACACUACCCAGAUAUUUAUACGCGUGAAGAAAUCGCAAUGAAGAUAGAUUUGACAGAAGCUCGGGUGCAAGUUUGGUUUCAAAAUCGCCGCGCUAAAUUCAGGAAAGUUGAACGUGCAAAGAACCAACCAAGUGGCGCUCAGACAUCCGGGUCUUCACAACAAAAUCAGACGACUUCCAGUUCAAAAUCCACUGAUACAAAUUCUCCCAAUUCUACAAAAGAGAAACCCAAACCAACAACUGAAACAGUGAAACCAAUCCCGGACACCAGCCAGCCGAAAUGGGGAACACAAAAUUGUGGAGGCCAAAACAAAGGAGGUACUUUACCCAACCCACCACUACCCGGUCCAUAUUCAUCGAUUCUCACACCCGCUAGUACAGAUUAUGGUCAGCCUGAUAACAAUAACGAACAUAAGGCAAUACCUACAUCCAUGUUUUGAUUCAAUGCACAAUAGCCAGUGAAUAAACAUUAAUAUCACAACAUUUGUAUCGUGUGAUUUUGAGAUGCAAGACUAUCACUUGUCCUAUCGUACCAGAAAUUAUUGUGAAUUUAUAGGCUGCAAUAUAUAUUUUAUAUAUUGAUACGAGUAUUUUACUUAUGAGUUGAAUGGAAAUAAGUAGCUAUUUGUUCAAAAUGGAAUUAGCUCUCAGGGGAUGUGUAACAUUGUCUCUGAAUAUAAAGCCUAUUCGAAUUUAAUCUUACAAGAGCCUACAAGUAUGUUUUACGUGCCAUUAACACCAAACAGGAAUUUUAAACGUCAUUUUGUCAUUUACAAGAGGUUUUGCCCAGAUUUCCCCAAUGAUCAAGGAUUUAGCAUUCUGAUUUGUUCAAGUCCGCACUGUUUUGUAUGUUUUAUAUGCGGACAUGAAACACCC